AUGGUCAGUGUGACGAGCUUACUCUUGGCCGGUGCCCUUGCUAGCUCUGCUCUCGCUGAGACACAUGUAUACAACUGGACUGCUGCUUGGGGCACUGCCAAUCUCGAUGGUUAUGAGAGACCGGUUAUCACGUGUAACGGUGAAUUUCCAUGGCCAGAUGUUAUCGUCAACAAGGGUGAUAGAGUCAUUGUGCACUUGAACAAUGGGUUUGAUGAUAGAAACACUUCCUUGCAUUUCCACGGUUUGUUCCAGCACGGUACUAACCAGAUGGAUGGUCCAGAGAUGAUCACACAAUGUCCUGUGCCAAUUGGACAUACGAUGACAUACAACUUCACCGCUCCUGAUCAGAUUGGUUCAUACUGGUACCACUCCCACACAGCUGGCCAGUACAUGGAUGGUAUGAGAGGAGUGAUGGUCAUCAGCGAGGAUAACAACGACUACCCUUAUAAACAGGGCAUCGACUACAAUGAGACUGCGACGUUGACUUUCAUGGAGUGGUACCAUGAUACUGCUGAUGUCCUUAUCCCAGACUUUUUGAACUUGUACAACCCAACAGGUGCUGAGCCAAUUCCAAAUAACUUCUUGAUGAACAACACUAAGAACAUGACAUGGGAAGUUGAACCAGACACUACUUAUCUCUUGAGAUUGGUUAACAUUGGUGGUUUUGUUUCAUACUGGUUCUUCAUUGAAGGUCAUAACAUGACUGUUGUUGAAGUGGAUGGUGUUCCAGUUGAGAAGUAUGAGACUGACAAGAUCUACAUCACAGUUGCUCAACGUUACACUGUUCUCAUCACAACUAAAGAUGACACCUCCAAGAACUACGCCAUCAUGCAAUUGGUUGAUGAUGGUAUGCUUGACUUGAUACCAAGCGGACUGCUUCUGAAUACCACACACACAAUGUCCUACUCCUCUGAUAACGCAGAAGUUGAGGAGUACUACGUUGACUGCUUGGACGAUGACUGUUAUCUCGAUGAUAUGAAGCUCGUUCCAUACGACAAAGUUGAGUUAUAUGACGAUCCAGAUCACGUUAUCACCAUCUCUGUGAUUAUGGACAACUUGAAGAACGGUGUGAAUUACGCUUUCUUCAACAACAUCACAUACACUGCGCCAAAGACUCCAACUUUGCUCACCGUGCUGGCUGCUGGUGACCUGGCCAGUAACGAGCUCGUCUACGGUACCAACACACAUACCAUUGUCUUGCAAAAGGACGAAAUCGUCGACAUUGUGCUGAACAACGAGGAUACCGGUAAGCAUCCGUUCCACUUACACGGUCACGUCUUCCAACUCAUCGACAGAGGUGCUGCAGUUGAUGACGAUGAUCCAUUUGUCCAUUUCGACUACGACAACCACACCGAGUUUGCUGAGUACCCAAUGAUGCGUGAUACUGUUUAUGUGCGUCCACAGUCCAAUAUUGUAAUGCGGUUCAAAGCUGAUAACCCGGGAGUGUGGAUGUUCCACUGUCACAUCGAAUGGCACUUGGUACAGGGUCUUGCUCUUGUUCUUGUCGAGGCCCCAGAGGAGAUUCAAAACAACUCUGCUCAACAAUUGACUCAGCAACACAUUGACAACUGUGAGGCUAACGGUAUCAACGUGAAAUCCAAUGCUGCUGGUAACACCGAGAACUUCCUUGAUCUGACUGGCCAGAACGUUCAGCAUGGUGAUAUUCCAGAUGGAUUCACCGGUAAGGGUAUUGUUGCAAUGGUUUUCUCGUGUAUCGCUGCUAUUCUUGGUCUUAUCACCAUCGCAGUCUAUGGUUUGAUGGAUAUCAAGAACUUGGAAGUUGAAGUUGCACAGGACUUGGGUGUCGUAGAAGACCUACAAAAUACAGAGGAUGUAGUUGUUGAGGAAACUUCCUCUAAACAGAGCUCAGCUGAAGGUAAGUAUUGA